AUGGGCAGAAUUUUCCUUGACUGCAUCUGUGGCACCCGCCUGUUUUCCUGUGAGUACUGUGGCAUGAUCCUGACCAACCGUUCCAAACUCAUCUCCACUUGCUUCACAGGUGCCACCUGCUGGGCAUUCCUUUUUAACAAGGUAGUGAACCUACAAUACAGUGAAGUUCAAGACCGGGUCAUGCUCAUGAACCACCACAUAGUUCGAGAUGUGAGCUGCAAAAACUGCAAUAGCAAACUGGGAUGGAUCUGUGAGUUUGCCACUGAAGACAGCCAGCAUUAUAAGGAAGGCCAUGCGAUCCUGGAACGCACUCUAGUUCAAGAAAGUGAGGGCUUUAAAGAGCAUGUACCAUCUGAUGACUUUUGA